AUGGCAGCACCUCUAGAGAAGAACACGUCUGACAUGACUGGAGUUUGGGUCAUGCAAGGCGUUCCGUGGCUGGUCCGCAAGGUUCUGGCCUAUGCCAGCGUCACCCUCACCAUGACACACUCCACUGAACCCGCCGAGAACGGUUCGGGCGAUAUUACCAAGAUCCGCGUCAAGCAGACCAUCUCCCCCGGCGGCUUCAGCAACGAAGAUGACUACAUUCUCGACUCCGAGACUCGGGAGGCCACAGUGCCUAUCUUUGGCACUAUCGCCAUGUACGCAAAGUAUACCCCGGUUGCCGAGAUCGAGGAUGCCGAGCUGCGUGCACGUCUGGUGGAGGGCCAGACUGGCGCUGCCGCGAUCCAGGAGAUUGCGACAAACAAGGGCGUUGGUUGGGACGCUGUUGGUACCUGGGGGUUCGAGAUCAUUGAUGGCCAGCGCUACUUUACCCGCACCACCGUCACCAAGAAGGGUGAUGAGAAGGUGUCUGUGAGGCUGGUUUAUGACUACCGGGAGGAUUAG